AUGCUCUUCCUCGUGGCGGCCGUGUCCGCCUUCGCGCCGAUCGACCCGGGCGCCACGUGCGGCGUCGAUGGCAUCGACGAAACCGUCGAGAACGACGAGUAUCACCACUCCUUCCACGCGGGCUACCGCACCUGCGCAUCAGGCUUGCACGCUACCGCGUUCGGCGAAUCUUCCGUAGCCUCGGGCGCAGACGCCACUGCGGCCGGAAAAGACACCGUUGCGUCGGGUAACCAAUCGACAGCGACCGGCCACGGGACGGUGGCUUCGGGCACGGCCUCCACCGCGAUGGGGAGGUCUACCGAAGCAAGCGGCGGCUCCUCCCUGGCGACGGGCUACAACACCAAGGCGACGAACGACCGCUCCACCGCAAUGGGGAGCGAAACCGAAGCAAGCGGCUACAUCUCGCUGGCGACGGGUAAGGAAACCAAGGCGACGGGCCAGUACUCCACCGCAAUGGGGCUCGAAACCAAGGCGACGGGCGCAUCCUCCACCGCAAUGGGGCUCGACACCGAAGCAAGCGGCUUAACCUCCCUGGCGACGGGCUACUACACCAAGGCGACGGGCACCCACUCCACCGCGAUGGGGAAGUCUACCGAAGCAAGCGGUAAGCACCGCCCACACCGAGGCGACACCCAGAGCCUCGUGGGGCUGCGCUCCUAUCAUCACGCCGCCCCCCCAAGGCAAUUUAUGAAGGGUCUACUUUGA